GUCAUUUCUUGUCAUUUCUGUCACAGAUGAGAGUGAUCUUACUGUUGACUCCAAUACUGUGAACAAACACCUCCUCAUGUCUGAGGAAAACAGGAACAUGAGCUCCUCCCAGGAGUCUGCUCGGUCAUGUUUCACACCUGAGGUGAUAACAGAAAGUGGAGGCCUUUCAUACAGGUUCAGGUUCCCGGGUUCAGGUGUGUUCCACUGUUCUUUGACUGGUCUGGUGUUUAAAGUGACUCAUGAGGGUGAGGUCUCCUACAAGACUUUGAUCUGGGAUGACGCUCUUCUUCAACCGGCUGGUAAGCUGCCUGGAGGGCCACUGUUCAGCAUCACCUGUCCUCAGGACUCUAUCAGUCAGCUCCACCUCCCACACUGUGAACCUGAGCCUGCACUGGUCUCUGAAAGCCUCUCAGUCGUCCACAUCACAGACGAUGGCAUGAGCAUCAUUCAGCCAGUGGAGAUUUCUGAAACUCACGUGAUUGUGGACAUUCCUCACCUCUCUAAAUUUGGCAUCGCCAAGCAGAUUAAGGACUCCAUCAUCAAACCAGUCAAAGGCCAAGUGCUGAUGUUCCUGCAACACGAACCUUGUCGCAUCAUCCGUGUGUUUCUGCUACCGAUCAACGUGCCUGUGCAGGAGGUAGAAGCCCAACACACUGACUGCAAGUACCUGAAGGCUGUGUCCCUCGAACAUAUCCACAAAGGGCAACAUUACAGCCUCCACAGUGACCCAGAGGUUUAUAAAAUCCAGCCUGCUCGUACAAAGUUCUCUGCAAACUACGGACCAAAUUACCUUACAACAUUUGAGGUCAUCAUGAAAACGAACAGAGAUGAAGUGACGCUGAUGGUGGAUGACCCAGACGGGAACCAAAUUUGGCAACACUGGCUUUGUCUGCCUGCAUCAUCCUCACAGUCUUCUUCAGGAGUAAAUCACAAUUCGUCACCAGAGGAGAAGCUGAAGGACGUUCGGACCAGAUUCAUUGACCAAGUAUCUAACACCAUUCUAAACAAGCUGCUGGAUGAACUGCUGCAGCGUCGAGUCAUAACUGAUGCUGAGGAAGAAGCUGCUAGAGACAAACCCAGACGUGACAAAGCACGAGACCUGAUCGACACUGUGCGAAAGAAAGGAGCAAAAGCAAGUUCAAAGAUGAUCAACAUCUUCUCUGCCAAUGAUCCAUACUUGUGCAGAGAGCUCGGCUUAAAGUGAAGAAACUGAAAUGAUAUCUGAAGAAACUGAAAUGAUAUCGACAAAGAAGAACACUUCUUGGUGGAACACUGUUUUCAUUUCAAGCAGUUUCCAGGUUCGAUUCAUGAUCAACACAAAUGUUUUGAUCAAAUUUCCCGCUGGAUGAAUCAAGUAUCUCUCUAUUUUGAAUGAAUAUUCUAUAACCAAUAAUCUCCCUACCUUUCUUCCCAGUAAUUAUUUCCUAGAUUAAACCAAUUAUCCCACAGGCUGUCAUCUGUAAAAUGAAUAAAUAUCAAAACGAGUCAGCGUUCGUUACAAAGGAUCUCAAGGAACAACUCAACAAGAACUGGCUCCCAUCAAUGAGACAUAAAUCCCAUCUGUAGAUGUGAGUGCUCUGAAAAAUCUAAAUCAAGGGGAGUAAUGGAUUACAUGUAACAGCAUUACGUAAUCAGGAUACAAAAAAAUGGAACUGUAAUCCAUUACAGUACAGGGAAAAAACAUGUAAUCAGAUUACUGGUAUAUUUUACUCAAACAGAGGUUACUGGGCAGGAUUACAUUUUUCAAAUAAAAUAUGCGACAAGCAGCAGACACGACAGUGUGAUACACAAUGCGACACUUUACUACACAAACCACGACAACGACCACUUACGUCAUCUGUGGCCGUGGAUCAUGCGAGUGGGUCUAUGAUCAUGAUGUGAACACACUGCCCAUAGAUCAGUGUCAAUGUCCAUUUUAUUUAUAUAGCACAUUUAAAAACCCAAGGCCAACCAGUGCUUAACAAGAUAAAAUAAUCAACAACAAUACAAACAAUAAAAGUAAGACAGUAAAAAUCAACAGCCUGGAACCACUGAAGAAAAUGAGGCCUCGGCUGAUAAAACUACAUUCACCAGCUUCAUCUUCAUCACACCACAGCAGCCACAUCAAUAUGCAGAAUAAGUUAAAUUAUCGCUUCCAGCAAAGACAAUUCUGUCUUCAUUAAGAGACUUGACUUCAAAGUUAAAGACAUUUACAGGUAUGAAAAUAAAACAGUAUGUGUUUGUAUGUCUCGUAUGUUUUACAUUCUACUGGCCUUUUAACCUGCUCUACUCUAAAUUAUAACCAGGUCUCCUUGGGUCGGUUUAGAGGAGAAACAGCUCAUGUCUUCAGUGAUAGCAGCAAAGUUUCUCCCAGAAAGAGGCCAUUAAGUUUAACUGCUUCUGUGUGCAAAGGAAAUGAGUUUCAGCAGAUGAUCAUAUAGAAUUAAAGUUUUUACAUGUAAUAUAAAAUAUCUUAUCAGUACAGAUAUUAUCGUUUCAAUCUAUGGCUUAGUGCGACGUAUGCUGAUGUUAAUUUUUUACUGUUUUUCUUUCUUUUUUUAAAAAAAAAAUCAGUGAAUAAAUGAUUUGUUAAAAAUAAUACAGGUUCUUCUGGUUGAGAAUUAAGAUUUUACGUGUUUCUCUAAUAAAUACUCUGAGCUGAUGACA